AGUCCAGCUAUUCCUCUUCCGGUAACCAGCGUGGCUAGGAACCGUGGAUGUAUGCUAGCAACAAAUUACACUGAAGCUAAUUUAGCACUUUAGAGUUCCGUUUGUUUUCUAAAUUAGGAACAUACACGGACACUGCCGCAGCUUAAUGUUGCAGCCCCGGGUGUGCGACUUUACAUUGAGUUACAGUUAAACUCAAUGCGCUAACUAACCAGUCGCCUUCUUGUAAACAGUGUUUCUUGUACUAGACAACGUCAGAUACUCCUGCUGAUGGUCCGGGAUCCAUGGAGGGUCCGUCCUCUCGUUUACCUGCCACCCAAGACGGAUCGCAGUGGCUGGCGGGCAGGAGAGACUCCGGCGGGGAUGCAGAGUCUGACCCUGCCCGGGACAUUAAAACACACUUUCGCGUCUGUCGCUUCAUUAUGGAGACAGGGGUGAAGCUGGGUAUGCGCUCGGUGCCCGUGACCACAGCGUGUGUGUUGUACCACCGUUUCUUUGAACGUGUCAGCUUGCGAGCGUAUGAACCCUACCUGGUGGCCAUGAGCUGUGUGUACCUGGCUGGCAAAGUGGAGGAGCAGCACAUCAGGACGCGUGACAUCAUCAACGUAAGCCACAGGUAUUUCAACAGUGGCAGCGCUCCUCUAGAAUGUGACAAGGAGUUCUGGGACCUGAGGGACAGCGUGGUGCAGUGUGAGCUCCUCAUCCUCCGACAGCUCAACUUCCACGUCUCCUUUGAACACCCUCACAAGUAUUUACUCCACUACCUGUUGUCUGUGAAGUCGCUCGUGAACCGCCACGCUUGGUCUCGAACCCCCAUCGCUGAGACUUCCUGGGCGUUGCUUAGAGACUGUUACCACGGAGCCAUGUGCAUCCACCACACACCCCAACACAUAGCCAUAGCAACGCUGUACCUGGCUCUAAACAGCUACGGAGUGGAGGUGCCUGCCGGGGAGAAAGAGUGGUGGCAGGUGCUGUGUGAGGACGUGACCAAAGCAGACAUCGAUGCUGUGAUCUCGGACCUUCUUCAACUCUACGACAUGGAGGCCAAGUGUAUCUGAAGGACACACCUACAGGACCCACCGCACAUGGGAGACACAUGAGAGUUGUUUUGUAUGUCUGUGUAUGUCUGUGUGUGUGUGUGUGUGUGUGUGUGUGUGUGUGUGUGUGUGUGUGUGUGUGUGUGUGUGUGUGUGUAUUAGUUAUUCUCUGCAUGUAAGUGUUGGGGUUCAGGUGCGUUUGUGUACAUGUGUGUGUUUGUGUGAAAGAGAGGAACACUUUGUAUUGCCCCAGUUAAUCUGUGAGCUGUGACAAAAACACACCUGCACUACCGAUUCCUGCCACCCUGGGGAGACAUUUCUUGCUUUCUGGUCUCUGAUCUCUCAGUCCUGCAGAAUACUGAUGUGCUCUGGAAUAUAUCGUCAGCACCAGGUUUUUUCAAAAACAUCCCAGCCCUCAGCACCAGAAGUCUCUUCACACUCCACACGUUUUAACUACAAAUACCACGGUAUGGAUUUGGUGGGAAAAUCUGAAGUUCAUCAGCCAGUCGUUAGAAAUAAUUCAGUCAAUAAUUCCAACAAAUCCGUAAAAAUGCAUGGGAAUGGUGAGUUCAGUAAGAUAUUUGUUAUUGAAUGGCAUUAUCCCAACACAUUUCUGCAUUAGGAUAAUACUAGACAAUAAUAAAUCCAUAGCUGAGGUUACGUGUUGAUUGUCUGAUUAGAAUCCAGACCACCUUGCUGCAUAAAUCUGCACAUUAACAAGAAAAAUUGGAUUUUCUGUAUGUCUUUACUUUUUAAGAACUCAUCUUGACAUUGCAUAUUAUUAUAUAAAAAGUAUAUUCACAUGUGGAUUAAUUGGCUUAAUGACCGAUUCAUCGUAAGUGUUAAUAUACAGUAUCAUGGUGAUUAUAGUGGGCUAUCUGGCAGCUCAAGUGCCUCUUGGUUUAUUAAGCCUUGUCUUGUGUGUUUUUGCAGUGCUCCCAUAACCAGAGAUCUUUUCAUGAAUUAGUUAAAAGACAGUUUGUCAUUUUUGGCGAAGGACCAAGCAGAUGAAAAACAUGUGGGGACGUUAUGUGCUGUAUGUUUUAGACUGAUGUUUCUGCUGUUAAAAUUAACAUUGUUUGAAUUUUGACUGUGUAUUGUUCGAAAUGAACAGACCCUGCCCUAUCCUGUUUCAAGGAUAUGUCUGGUGAUAUUCUAUAUUUUCUUCUUGUCAGUAAAUCCCAUGAAAAGACCAAACCCAACAAUGAAUUGACAAUACUUAGUGUAGUCUGUGUAUCAAAGCAUGAUAUAUCUUCUUCCUCUGAGCCACAGAGCUCCAUUGUUGUCCAAAAACUAUUAAAAACACAUCUGUGAGCCACACAUGUUCCUUCAUUAUCAUGAACACACACACUGUAGUUUAUUUUGACUCAAUCCCACACACACACACACCGUCCUGCUGCUCCAAAUACUCACUACAGCACCACAUGUGGAUUAAUCCGCUGCUGAAAAUAGUCCCCAACAAAUGCACUAUUUUGCACUAGUUUGAGUAACGUUUGUUAAAAACUUUGUCAAGAGUCACAGACGGGCUGGGAAAGUGUGAAAGAAUUGAGAGACAGACUAACACAUUGUUGGUAGAUUUAUUUAUUUAUUUAUUUAAGUCACAAGUAAGACAUUGUAUAGCUAAAACAAAGCAUAACUCUUUAGCUAAACCAUCUCUCUCUCCUUUGGGUAAAAAAAGGAAAGACCAUCUUUAUGGUAAUCACCAAAUAUCAAUCCUCUAAUCAUUAUUACUUUCUUACUCCUAUGAUUCAUAUAUAUAUAUAUAUAUAUAUAUAUUCACUAAUCUACUGUACAUCAUUUUUGUACAUAACAUUUGAGUAGCAUACAGGAAACAAUCAAAAUCUCAUUAUACAACCCUAUGUUGUAAAAUGAUCAAUAAAUUAUCUUGUAUCUAAACAUCCCCUCUGCCCCUGCACUCUCUCUGCUACUAGGGGAUGGAGAGGGGGGAUGCAAGGUUAACCCCCCCCCCAUAUCGCCUACUGCUUAUGCUUAUUUCUUUUUGUAAUUUUGCUAAUGUGUGUACAUACUGUACAUGUUUUUUUCUUGUCUUUUGACCAUGUUUUUGUACGUCUGACAUAGAUCCAAAACAAAAUAAAUACAAUGGUUAUAAAAAACCA